AUGAAAAACUCAUUAACUCCAUUUAACAAGCCAUUUUGUGUUUCUCUACUUUCUCUUGUGUUCUUUUUCUCAGUUGUUACAGCACAAGAGCUUGUUUCUAAUGGAGAUGUUUCCAAGAAAUGUAAGGAGGGAACAAGAUCCGGUUACCUUUGUUCUCGUGUUAGCGAUAAAGGUUUUGCGGGGAACAGUUUUGCUACAUCACUUCUGCGGCAAUCAGCCUCGAGUUCGCGACUAUACAGCGCAUCUGUUCCGGUAUAUACUAAGCCUGCAUAUGUAUAUACACCUUCACAACCUUCAUCGUCCAUCGAUGGAACUCCCUCAAGUCCACCGAGAAAACCUCCUAAGGUACGUAAGCAUCCUUAUCCAGCAUCUAGGCCCUCUCAGAAGGUGCCUUAUGCAAAUUAUCCUCAACCAAAGGUUUAUAGGAGAUCAUUAUUGAAAUUGCUACCAAGUUCAGCUUACGAAUUACCUCCCCCUGUAUCUCCACCACCAGUUCAAACACCUCCUACUUAUCAGCCACCACCACAUGUUGAACCCCCGCCGCCACCACCAUCUCCACCACCUGUUUACAAGCCUCCACCAGUAGAAAAACCACCUCCACCAGUAUCUCCUCCACUACCAGCCACCCCCGGUUCAAUCCCCACCUCCUGCUUACCAACCACCACCUAUUCAAUCGCCACCUCCUGCUUACCCGCCACCACCUGUUCAAUCCCCACCUCCCGUCCACAAACCUCCUACUUACCAGCCACCCCCUGUUCAAUCCCCACCUCCUGUCCAUAGCCCUCCUGCUUACCAUCCACCGCCUGUUGAAACCCCACCAUCACCACCCGUUAAGGAGCCUCCCCCAAGCCUACCACCAGCUCCUAUCUACAAACCCCCACCAAGUCCACUUCCACCUCCACCAAGCCCACCACCAAGCUCACCAGGGUAUGGAAGUCCUCCACCUUCUGGUUAUCGUUAAAUGAAUAAUAAUGCCACUCAUAACAGAUGGAGUUGUAUCCACUGCAUUAUGUAUGUUCCCAAAAAAAAAAUUGUGAUAGAAAGUGAAUAAUCCAGCAAUAAUAUGCUUUUAUGCCUUUGUUUCUCCUAUUAA